AUGACGCCGUCUACUAAUCAAGAUGCCAUCCCCGGCACAUUCAUACUCGUGGACGAAAACCGUGUCCUUUCGACUCGCCAUCUUGACUCUGGGGAUAGCGACAUCGUUUUGGUUCCUGAACCUUCCAAUGAUCCAGAUGAUCCGCUGAAUUGGUCGCGGCGCCGGAAACUUUGGUCUACAAUAUGCGUCAGCGUGUAUACCCUGUUCGCUGGUAUUGCGUCCGCGAACGUCUACUCUGUCCUGGUCCAGCUUUCUGAAGAAACUGAGGUCUCUGUUCACACACUAAAUGAGGGAACAGGUUAUAUGUUCCUGCUGGCCGGCUGGGGUCUUUUGUUUUGGCAGCCAUUUGCUCUUCAAUACGGGAAGCGGAUGACGUAUAUGAUCUCGCUUCUGGGGAUGGUGGGUAAACAGGGAACUAGUAUUUGGAGCCCUUACGUGAAAAGUAAUGGUGAAUGGCUAGCUCGAAGUGUCAUUAUGGGUUUCUUUCUGGCUCCCAUCGAGGCUUUGCCAGAGGUUACCGUCACCGACGUGUACUUUACCCAUGAACGCGGACUGUACAUGAGCUUAUACGCACUCUUCCUGGCGGGGAGUAACUAUUUCGCGCCUGUUAUAUGCGGGUUUAUUGCAGAGUACCACGGGUGGGAAUGGGUAUUCUACUGGCCAGCCAUAUUCUGCGGUGCAUCUAUCGUUUUUCUCUUUUUCCUCAUGGAGGAAACAAAUUACGAACGAGAGAAACCCAACUCGCCUAAUGUUCCAGUGGAUAUGUUCACGUCGGCUGAGGACGAGACAAAGGAAAAGAAGGCUCUGCCAACUGAACCAUUGAGUCACGGUGAUCCAGAAAUCGGCGCCGUCUACAACAAGAAGACGUAUCUGCAGAAGCUCUCGAUCCUAGGACCUCGCCGGCCGAGGAACAACAUGCUUCGUCGCGCCCGGCAAACGGUCUAUUACUUGAGCUGGCCAGUUAUAUUCUAUGCAGGGUUCUCAUACGGAUCAUACCUGAUCUGGUUCAAUGUCUUGAACGGAACCGCGUCUAUAGUACUGGGAUCUGCUCCUUAUAACUUCAGCUCAUCGAUGGUUGGUCUUAGCUAUCUCGCCUGUUGCCUUGGUGUCAUUCUUGGCUCUCUAUUCACUGGCCGUUUCAGCGACUGGCUCACUGUUAAACUUGCUCGCCGCAAUGGAGGAAUAAUGGAAGCCGAACAGCGUCUCUGGCCAUUUGGUCUUUGUCUUAUCCUCGUACCAGGUUCGUUAAUCCUAUGGGGAGUAGGCGCCGCCCACGGCAUCCACUGGUUUGGCCUUCUAGUUGCCAUGUGUCUUCUCGCAAUGGCAAACACUUGCGGUGUAACUUUGAGUGUGAACUACCUUGUCGACAGCUACCGUGAGCUGAGCGGCGACGCUAUGGCGACAGUAAUCCUGGUUCGCAAUACGAUGUCCUUUGCAAUAGGUUACGGGUAA